CGUGAAAACUCAAAACUGGAAGAAAACGCAGCAAACCAGCGCUCCACUGAGAGCAGUACAACUUCGGCCCGGCCCGGCUCGGCCCAUGACCCAUGAGUAGCCUGGUCCGCGUCCUCUUCUCCCUCGCCGCCGCCAUCGCCGCGGCCUCCCUGCUCGCCGCCACCCUCCGCCGCCGCGCGCAGCAGCCAGGCCUCCCCGACCAGCUCGUUCCGGGUCCCAUGGCGGCCCGCAACCGGAGCUUCGUGCUGUGGCUGCACGGCCUCGGCGACUCCGGCCCCGCCAACGAGCCCAUCCGCACCUUCUUCUCCGCGCCGGAGUUCCGCCUCACCAAGUGGGCGUUCCCCUCCGCGCCCAACUCCCCCGUUUCCUGCAACCAAGGCGCCGUGAUGCCGUCAUGGUUCGAUAUUCAUGAGCUACCCAUGAGCCCUGGUUCGCCGCAAGACGAGAGUGGUGUUCUUAAGGCUGUGGAAAAUGUGCACGCCAUGAUCGACAGGGAGGUAGCCGGCGGGAUCCAUCCUGACAACAUAUUUGUUUGUGGGUUCAGUCAAGGAGGUGCACUGACAUUAGCUAGCGUUUUGCUCUAUCCGAAGACGCUAGGUGGUGGCGCCGUGUUCAGUGGCUGGGUGCCUUUCGGUUCGUCAGUCAUUGAGAGGAUUUCUCCCGAAGCGAGGAAGACACCUAUCAUGUGGUCACAUGGAAUGGCUGACAGAGUGGUAUUAUUUGAAGCUGGUCAAGCUGGCCCGCCAUUUUUGCAAAGUGCAGGGGUUAGUUGUGAAUUUAAGGCAUAUCCAGAUCUUGGUCACUCGAUUGCGAAGGAAGAGCUAAGCGCUCUCGAGUCUUGGAUCAAGGGUCAUCUAAACGCCUCCCAGGAUAAGGAAAGUUAACAUUCUUUCUUUUGGGCCACGAUUACCUCCCCACUACUGUCAAAAUGCAGUCAUAACACACAAACAAGUUGUAUUCGGUACUGAUGAAUUUAAGAUAAUCGAAGUGUUGAUCAAUGUGCCUACUUAUUUA